CGCUGUCCCGAGGAUCCAUAUGCCCGACGAGAGCCCGUCCGUCCCCAGUAUCAACUUCCCGGACGACGACGAAGGAGCGGGUGGAGGGCCCGUGAUCAGAGUGGACGCGCCCGGCGUACCCGUCGUCGACGAGCCCCCCUCCCAAUCCCCGUCCCAGCAACCCCAUACCCCGUCCACCCACCGACCCGCGCGCAAGCUCCUCCCGCACAACUCGCCGCUGACGUGCCCGAGCUGCCUGAAGCCGAUCGUCGGGCGCACGGUGAACGCGAUGGGCGCGCGCUGGCACCCGGGCUGCUUCCUCUGCGAGGGCUGCGGCGAGCACCUCGAGCACGUCAGCGCGGCCGAGGGCGGCGGGCGCGUGUGGUGCUUCGUCUGCUGGAGCGAGCAAUUCGCGCCGCGGUGCUACCACUGCCAGACGCCGAUCGUCGAGGAGCGCUUCAUCACGCUGGACGACCCCGCGCUGGGCAAGCGCGUGUACCACGAGCAGCACUUCUUCUGCGCCGAGUGCGGCGACCCGUUCCUCGACCCGUCGCUCGCGGACGGCCACCCGUACUGCGAGGAGUGCCAUGUGCGCUUGAGGAUGCCAAAGUGCAAGCGCUGCAGGAAGAGUAUUCGGGACGGGAUGGAGGCGGUGGAGGCGCUCGGGGGGAAGUGGUGCUGGGAGUGUUUUGUUUGUGCGAGCUGCGAGAGGCCGUUUGAGGACCCGAGUUAUUUCGUGAGGGACGAGAAGCCGUUUUGUGAGCGGUGUUUCUCGAUUAUGGUCAGGAACGAGGUGUAAGGAUCCAGACAUCCUAGUCGCCGAAGAGAACUGGCUGCUCGGCAUGAUGCUUUCUGUUGCUGUUCUUGCAUUGACCAUCAACAUACCCUCAGAUGUAUCCUUAUAUCUUGCUUGUAGCUCUCCCAGCCUGUACUGUCCGCUUGCUGCGCUCAUUAUUGACAUUGAUAUGACUUCCAGACUUGUUGCGCG